AUGGACAAGCUUGGGUCUGAAUUGAUUGUGGACGAAAUUUUCACAAGGCUGCCUGCAAAAGCUAUAGGCCGUUUCAAAGGUCUUUCCAAAUUUUAUCGUAACGAACUGUCAAAUGAUAAUUUUGAGAUUAUGCAUUCUCGGCGAAUUCUAAGUUCGCUACAAAAGAAGCUUCUCUCCUUAAAAGAUAACUCAAUUGUUGUUGAUAACAUAGUAGGCGGGUAUUUGCAAGCCGAUACAACCAAAACCAUAAUUUCUCCAUUGAAUGUCCAUCCUUCUUUCUUACGUGUUAUAGCGUCCUUUAAAGGUCUGCUAUUAAUUUGCAAUGAAAGGUUUUGUUGUGAGCUCAUACUUUGGAAUCCAACAAGAAGGCGCUUUAAAUUUUUGGCCGAUGACUACUUUGAUCGUAAUUUCGAGCGAAACGCUGAUACUGGUGGAAUGUACUUUGACGACUCGAACGAUCUCAAAGUUCUUCACAUCAGACGUUACCGUAAUGUUGUUAAUGCUCGAGUUUACUCACGUUGUCGUGAGUCAUGGAGAAUGAUAAAUUCAUUGAACGUAACUAAUUUUGCUUCAAUAUAUUACUCAUGGUCUCCCGGAAUUUAUUCGGGGAAAAACAUAUAUUUCAUGGUUUCCAAUUAUUGGUUUCAACCAGGUGAGAGACACAUAGUAGCUUUCGACGUUCUUUCCGAAACUUUCAGCACUCUUCCUUUUCCCGAGGUUUUGGAAGUGAAUCCUUGGCAAGGACAUUUUUUGAGCAUUGCAAUGAAGCUGCAUGUGAUUGUUGUUGGACGGUCUGAUAAGCUAUUUGCUGAUUUGUUCAAAUUUGAAGAUUAG